GCCAGGAGCUCACAGCACACCAUGUCCUCCGCUCACUUCAACCGAGGCCCUGCCUACGGGCUGUCCGCUGAGGUCAAGAACAAGCUGGCCCAGAAGUACGACCACCACCGCGAGCAGGAGCUGCGGGAAUGGAUCGAGGGAGUGACCGGCCGGCGCAUAGGCAACAACUUCAUGGAUGGCCUCAAAGAUGGCAUCAUCCUCUGCGAAUUCAUCAAUAAGCUGCAGCCAGGCUCUGUGAAGAAGGUGAACGAGUCCACCCAGAAUUGGCAUCAGUUGGAGAACAUUGGCAACUUCAUCAAAGCCAUCACUAAGUAUGGGGUGAAACCCCACGACAUCUUCGAGGCCAAUGACCUGUUUGAGAACACCAACCACACGCAGGUGCAGUCCACCCUCCUCGCCCUGGCCAGCAUGGCCAAGACAAAAGGAAACAAGGUGAACGUGGGGGUGAAGUACGCUGAGAAGCAAGAGCGGAAGUUUGAACCCGAGAAGCUCAGAGAAGGGCGGAAUAUCAUCGGCCUGCAGAUGGGCACCAACAAGUUUGCCAGCCAGCAGGGCAUGACGGCCUACGGCACCCGGCGCCAUCUCUACGACCCCAAGCUGGGCACAGACCAGCCCCUGGACCAGGCCACCAUCAGCCUGCAGAUGGGCACCAAUAAAGGAGCCAGCCAGGCCGGUAUGACAGCACCCGGGACUAAGCGGCAGAUCUUCGAGCCGGGGCUGGGCAUGGAACAUUGCGACACGCUCAACGUCAGCCUGCAGAUGGGCAGCAACAAGGGGGCAUCGCAGCGGGGCAUGACCGUGUACGGGCUGCCCCGCCAGGUGUACGACCCCAAGUACUGCCUGACACCCGACUACCCGGAGCUGGGCGAGCCCACCCAGAACCAUCACCCGCACAACUACUACAACUCUGCCUAAGAGGGGGGACAGAGGGGCCCCUCCAGAGGGAGGUUGCUGCUAUUCUUGGCUGGACCCCGCAGGGGAGGGGGGCCCAGUGGACCCCCCUCUUCCUCCUCCUGCAUGGCUUCACCCAACCCGCUGCCUACAGGGUUACAGUUUGGGAAGAGAUUUUUCGGGGAGGGGGGGCAGCGAUCUGUAAAGGGGCAGAAUGGGGACCUCCCGUCCCCCUGUAGCACUGCAAGUGUCCCCCCCAAACACCCACAGCAAAGCAAUUCCAGCUGUUCCCCAAUCCCUUCACAAGUGGGGACCCCCCUCCCCAAUCAGAAGCUCUACCCCCCAAAUGAAGCCCCACCUCCCCUCCAGAGCCCAGACUCGGCCCCCAGCCCAUCCCCCACAGCAGGUGCAAACUGCAUGCCCAGCGAUGCAGGGGACGCGCGCGGUUGGCUUUGCUGUGACCGGCAUCUGUGGAAGUGACAAGCGGCGUUUGGAACGCAAGCACUUUUUUUUGUUUUUUGGGUUUUUUUGUUUUGUUUUGUUUACUACUUCACUGGAGCACAAAUAAAUGGCUGUAAAACCA